GACUUCCCACAAUCCUUAGCUCUUCUAUCCCUCCCGGCUCCCGUCUGUGCUUCCGGUGGCGAUGGCUGCGGCCGUGUCUGGGAUGCUGCGAGGGGGUCUCCUGCCCCGGGCGGGUCGGCUGCCCACCCUCCAGACCAUCCGCUGUGGCUCUAAGGCUGUUACCCGCCAUCGUCGUGUGAUGCAUUUCCAGCGGCAGAAGCUGAUGGCUGUGACUGAGUAUAUCCCCCCAAAACCCGCUAUCAACCCAAGAUGCCUACCAAGUCCUCCCAGUCCCCCACCCGAGGAAACAGGCCUGAUCCGCCUCCUCCGUCGGGAGAUAGACACGGUUUUCCGAGAGAACCGAAUGAUAGCUGUCUGCCAGAAUGUGGCUCUGAGUGCAGAGGACAAGCUGCUUAUACGGCACCGGCUUCGGAAGCACAAGAUCCUGUUGAAGGUCUUCCCCAACCAGGUUCUAAAGCCCUUCCUGGAGGAUUCCAAGUACCAGAACCUGCUGCCCCUCUUUGUGGGGCACAACUUCCUGCUGGUCAGUGAGGAGCCCAAGGUCAAGGAGAUGGUACGAAUCUUGAAGAGUGUGCCCUUCCUGCCACUGCUAGGUGGCUGCGUUGAUGACGCCAUCCUCAGCAGACAAGGCUUCAUCAACUACUCCCAGCUUCCCAGCCUGGCCCUGGUGCAGGGCGAGCUGGUAGGAGGGCUCACCUUCCGCGUGGCCCAGACCCACCUCUUGCUUCAGCACCAGUCCUUCCAGCUGACGGCCCUGCUGGACCAGUACAUCAGACAGCAACAGGCGGGGGACUCUGUUGCGCCGGCCGGCGGGCAGCCCACUUCUCCUGACCCUAUUCCGAACUCCUAGUCAGCCUGUUGUACCCGGCCCGCCCAUAAACACACUCUGCCCCUGUGGGCCGCACCCUCAUCCAUCAGAGAUGUGGAAGCACUUGGGGUGGGGAGUGGCAUUUGUGACCUGACUUUGCUGAGCCUGACUUCCCAGACACAGGGCCACACGGGGAUGCAGAGAUACCCCAUUUCCGAAUAGAGGCUCUGAGUCACACUGUCUUUGUCUCCAGUAUUCCCUCCCUGGGACCUAACAGGAACAGGCUUUCGGCUCUCCGGGCCCUGGGCAGAGAAGCUGAACAGACGAAGUUGCACUCUGCCUCCAUGUCAUUGUCCCUUGCUGCACAUGUCUCCUGGCCUGUCCCCUCGACGGUGCGCUGUGCUGGAUUGGUUCCCCCUCGGUGCUUGUGCUGAGAGCCAGGCUCUGCUCACCACUUGACAUACCUCAGUUCUCACUAUGUCUCCAUAUCACACCCAUUUCACAGAGUUCAGUAGUCUGCCCAAGGUCAUGCAGCUAAUAAGAGGCCAAACAGGGACUUGAACUAGGCUCUCUCUCUGCUCAGAAGACUGUUCCCUGGAUUUCUGCCCUCGAGUUUCCUCAUUAGGGUCCGGGGUGUGCCUGAGUAUUAAUUCUCCACCCUCGGGGUGUGUCACAUUAUGGAAAGGUUGGGAGCACUGGUUGAUGAUAAAAUGAAAUGCAUUUUA